GCAGACAGCUUGCAGCUUCAAGGUCACUGUUCCAUUGUCUUCAACCUCUGCAUAACUGGAUUCUGGAACCAAAAACAGAUCGGCAUGCUAUAUUCAACGGGAUUGCUCCAGUUUUCCUAAAUCCUUCUCUCUUAGUUUCAAUAUUCGAAUCUAAGAUCUUCAUUUGAAGUUCUGAGAUCUUAAUGAAUUCCUUAAUCAUAGAGCAUGCACACAAUCAAUAAAGUUCUAAAAUGAAUAAACAGUAAGACAAUGUCAUGAGUAACUAAUGAAACUAUAUAGUUACCACCUUCCAGAAAAUGCUGCUCAAGAGAAUCUUCCUCAUUUCGUUUCUGCAUGGAUCUUUCAUAUAUAUACUUGACAGAAAUUAAUUAACAUUUCCAUACCUAACUAAUUGAAUUCUGUGAGAAUUUAACUCUUUCUGGUUUUGCCAUGGCACAGCAUGAUGAUCAUCUCUCUGUUACAUUAACAAUCACUGGUGGAAAGGUGGAACCCCAGAUCACAGAGCUGCAGGAUGAUCUCCACAUCAAGGACUAUAAUCUCCAGCCAUUUUCUGAAGUUGCUCUUUCCGUGGAACCAUACAACAAUGAUGAAAAAUUCACUAUUCAGGUGAUGCUUUCUGUUGACUGUUCUGAAAAUGUUAGGGUGCGAGAAACAAUGUCAGUGGCAAAAUUGAAGGGGAAAGUUGAGAAGCGUUUUGGUCCUGGAGAGUGCACUGCUUCGACUCGGUUGGGAGUGGUGAUGGAGGAUGACUUUCCACUCUCUGCAUAUUAUGUCAAUCCGAAUUUGCUGAUUGAAGUUACCAUUAAGAUUUGUUGGAGUUGUGGUGUCAAAGCUGCAGCAGUGGCAGCAAAUGGAAAGAAGUGAGAGCUGCAACAUGACUGCAAAAUAGCAGCAAAGUGACAGCACAAUAGAGCUUCACAUGGGCUACAAGAAAUGGCAGCAAACUUCAUCAUUUUAGUCAAUGUUUUAGGUAGUUAAUAAUUAUUGUAUAAAGUAGAAAAAUAUUAUUAUUUUGUGUAGCCUUCCUCUAUAAAAAGGAAGGAAGAAAUUGAGUGAAAAUUGACAGAAAGAGAAAGCAUGGUUUCUCCUCUCCGGUUGGGUGAAUGUCUGCACCCUUCCAUGUUUAUGGCUUAAUGUUCCAUGUUAUGUUGUGUUGUUUAUGGAAGAAAAUGAGUUCUGACCU